CCCCCCCUCCUUGGACCUGCGCUUGACUUGUGUUUCAUGCGUGAACGAAUGUACCGUUUUCGAAAGGAGGUGCUGGGUUUCGCGGUAUUCGCUAUCCUUUCCAUUGGCGUACAAGUUGGAGCUAACACUCGCUAAGCUAGGGCGGACCUGAGCCUCUGUCAUUGAAGAUGCAAUACACGAGGCUGGCCUAUCCCCGCCAUCUUCCCCCGCGCGGUUUUUUGUUGACGCCAGCAGCGUCCUCCUGCCUCGUGACGUACGUGCCUCUCGGGAAACAGCGGUAGAAAAGCCCCGUCUCGUCCAUGU